AUGAACCUUGCCUCCAACUCCGUAAGUGCGGAUUAUCGUGGUGUUGCCGAGUAUCGCUACAAGAUCCAUGAGCUGACUGCUGCCACUGCUCGGGCCGGUACCGAUAGUGCCGAUCUUGGCGCGAGUUUUUAUUAUAGAAAUAUUCGGUUAAUUAAUUUUGACAAAGUUUCUACAGAAACUUUAGAAUCACUAUCUGAAAAAUUUGAUGAAAUUAUUGAAGAAACCACACACUUACAGGAGGCUGAUGUAUCAUAUGGUGAUGGAGUACUAACAAUAAAAUUUGGACACGAUUAUGGAACGUACGUUAUUAAUCGUCAAAUUCCAAAUCAACAAAUUUGGUUAUCCUCUCCAACGUCUGGCCCCAAACGAUAUGACUUUAUUAAUGGGUCAUGGAUAUACAAACAUGAUGGAAGAGCAUUACAUGAACUAUUGAACGAAGAAAUUUCUAAUAUCGUUAAGUCUUCGGUUUCAUUCGAUGAAUGUUCAUAUAGUAUUAAGGCUAAAUAAUAUCAUUUACACUGAUAUCCUGUAAAUUAUGUUUGUACAUAUUAUAAAGGUUAUUUAUAGUAUUACUUUAAAAUACUGU